AUGUCCAACUAUUCCUCUCCCGAGUUCACGCCGCAGGAGAUCGCGGGAUACCUGGCAGAGUACGGCAUCGCUACCGUCAAUCCGGAGGACAUUGACAGGCCCACUGCCGACUUCGUCUGCUCGGUCUACGGCAGUGUGAUCUCCUUCCUUGAUCCCCUGGGGUGGGUAAACCCUCUGAAACUCUCUGUAGAGCUCUGUUCAUUCUAUUUUCGCUAGUUCACUCGAGGUCCCGGUUCUAGCAGUGAUGACGACAACGAGCAGAUUGACUUCGACGCCCUCGAGUGCCUGGAGAACCCGGAAUACCACACGGACUCCAUUCGGAUCAUUAAUUUCUACCGCAAGGUCAGGGACAUGCUCGCCUUCAUCGGAAUUGAGUUCGUUCUCAGGGACCUCCUGCGGCCUGACCGCGCAAGAACGAAGGCGAUCCUCUGUACUGUUAUCAAUUUCCUUCUGUACAGGUGGAGAGUUUAAAUUGUUUUUUCUGUUCCUUUGUUCCUAUUUCACUUUCUAAUGAAUUGAAUACAGAAAUGGAGCUUUUAACCUUUUUGACGUUGUCUUAGUGCUGUUGAUUUACCAGGAAUGAUAAAUUGGCCGACCUUCAGCCAAUAGUGGACCAAUGUAAUGAUGACCGACGAAUAGAACUGGAGGCUAGGAUUUCUGAGGUUUUUCUUUUUUCAUCUUUUUCCUGGUUCAUCCUCGAUUUUUUAUGGAUUUUUAAUCCAGUGUUAGAGGCUGAGAGGUGGAGGAAGAGAGCGAGCGCAUGAGUGGGGGUUCAUGAGGUUGAUGGGAUUCCAAAGUUGAUAUACAUUGGACUGCUUUUGGGUGGCAGCUGAAGAGGGAGAUUUCAGAACACGAAAUGGCACGUGAACAGGAGCAACCCUAUGUUCAAGAAAUUGAAGCGGAGGUCAGAGGCUUGAAACAGAAUAUACAGGAACGCAAUAAAGAGCAAAUGGCAUUGAAAACCCACUUCAAACGAAUCAAAGAGAAGAUUGAUGCCAUCAAUGACAAGGUUUGAUUUUCACACAUUAUGUUGAUAUAGAUACAUAUGUAUUUAUUUACCUUUUAAUUGUAAAACAACCACAUGUUUGAUGUUUUUAUUUUAGGGGCCCAUAUUUGUAGCCUUCAUUUCGAUAAACGUGAGACAAAAUGGACAUUUAGUCGGUUUCAGUGAAAAAAUACGUGUACUGGGUAGACUCAAUUUAUCAGUGCCUCCGUACAGAUGUUCUGGAAUGGAUCUAAAGCUAAGAGAAUUUCUUCUUCCAUGAAAAAGCUUAGCAAACUUUAAAAUGUCCCUUCCAUAAAUUUGUAUCCUGCUUGCUUUUUAAAUGUAUGUAUUUUAUUAGGCACAAGCACACUUGCUUUAUCAUCUAGAAAUUAUGGUUAUUGCGUGAAUCAGAAAUUGAGCUUUACAUCUAAUAUCAUGAACGCAGUCUACUCUUAUCUAGGAAAAGAAAUCUUUCUCUUAGUAGAUAACCAUUUUAGGCUAGAUCGCCUGAAAUCACUUAUAAAACAUUUCUUGUUCUCUCUUAUAGUGCUUUCUAAUUGCCGUUUCAAAUUUUGAUGAUUUGUGCCUGACUAGACUGGUUACAGUUCAUGAGGCAUAUUGGUGGAGUUCAAAUACUGAUCUGCUUAGUUCUCUCCUGCAGAUAUCUCAGGCUGACUUCGAAUUACUUGGAAAUGCUCAAGAAAAUUCCAAAUUGUCGGCUAACAUUGUUCAAUCUCCAGUCAAGUUGCAGGUUCUAUUUUCGCCUAUUUUUAAAUUUUCUUAUAGUGAAUGCAUGGAGAAUACUGUGUUCUCAAAUUCAAGUUUCCGUCCUCGUGGGGGCAUAAAAGCUCUUUCAUUUUAGCAUCCUUAGGCAUAGGAUUAAUUGCUUAUGUAUUCAAGCACUGGGGGAUGUGAAACCUUCCUGCAUUAUCCUUUCUGUCAUAGCAAUAACACUUAUAAUCCGGAAAAAACUUGCACCAUGGGGAUCUUAUGAAUAUUGCAUGAUAUUGGAUUCUAAGCUCGACAGUCUGGUGUAUGUUUUGCUCUGACAUGCUGUUGUACUCUUCCACCGAGUACGUAUUUGUUUUGAAACUUCAUAUUAUAUAUGUGAUACAUGUUUGUACAAAACGAUGUAGGGACUGGUGAAAUAAUUGUAGAUGGGUCAAUGUGAUGCAUGUUAGAUUUUAAUUAGUGUUACUUGGCUUCCUUUGGAGAAGGAUACCGAAAUUGACAUUGACAGCAAUAAAUCCUCUUUUAUUCUUUAUUUUUGCAUACUGUUGUCAUUGAAGAGAUUUCGUACAAGGUGGUAAAAGUCAAUUCUUUAUGUGGGUUGAACGGGUAAAUCAAGUUUUAAAGUUACUGGCAUAAUGGUUACAUUCGAGUGGUUAGGUAUUUGGUGUCAAAUUAUAAAUAAAUAAAUAACUAAUAUACUAUAAUAUAAUAUAAGAAUUAAUUUGGUCGCUAUUGUGGACAUAUAAGAGAAGAAGCGCUAAUUAUUUUUCAAGCUACAAAGUUAGCACGGUGCCAAUUAAAGGGAUAUUUUUUAUGUGAAUGGGGAACCUAAUAACAUAGAUGAAGGGGAUGAAUUUUAGAGGAUUGGGCUCUCUAGGGGAUGUAUUGGGCUCUGGGAUGCUGUACACCUUGGUAUCUGGAUAUCACAGACUAACAGUUGUUAUAAAACGUGUAUAAUGUCCUUUUCUCAUUUUUCCAUGAUCUUAGAUGGCCGCCCAUAGAUGGGGAAGGGAUGCUGGUCAUAUGUUUUAGAGGAAUUAUGAUGGUCUAGUGGGAAAAUGGUGUUCAUCAUUAACUUUUAAACAAUUUGCUGCAGCAUUUAUUUUUCGUAUCCCUUGUUUUUCUAUGAUGUGAUGCAUUGUUAUCAAUCAAUUUUGCAAUGAUUGAUUUUUCUGGUGAUGAUUGUGUAACCUGAGUUCGUUGGCAACUUAAGUAAUUUAUUACAAGUCCCAGCCCAUGUUUCAUGUAUCAUCUAGUUGUUUGCAUUGAACGUUAGUCUUGAGUUAGGGGCAUUAAGCAUAAGUCACUCAUCACUUUCCUCAUCAAUUGAUCUUUGUAUUCUGCUAAUACAAAUAUUUUGUUUAAUUUAAAGAGGGCUGUUGAAGAGAAAAAGGCAAAGCGAGCUGAGGUUAAGAAUGCAGAAAGAUCAGCAAUGCUUAGUGUUCAAUCAAAAACAGCAGCUCUUGAAGUUUACACGAAGGUAUUCUUUAUUUCGAUCACUUAUUUUGGCUAUUCUUUUAUUGCAAUGGCACCUGUAACGAAUUUGAUAUUUUUGAAUGCUAUGGUUGUUCUUGGCUUUUUAAACUAUUUUUCAACUUCUUUUGUGGAAUUUCUGGGAAUCGAGGUUUCCUUCUAAGAUAAAUUCAAGUCUAGAUUGGAGCCUUCCCCAUCCUUUUUUUGGUUGAACAGUCAGUCUUCUGCCUUGGUCAAAUGUAGUGAACAUGAAAUUUUCUGUUUAACCUUCGUAGUGAAUUUUUUUCGAGUGUUGAGCUUUAUCGUGUUUCUACUAUGCCUUAAACUUAUGUUUUCCAUUUGUGUAAAUCGUAGGACCGUAUUGAUGCAUUCCCGUACGUUUUUCUGACCCUAGUCCGGUAUUGCUAUCCAUAAAUCUGCACAAUAAAGAUCAAAUUCAAACGUGGGGUAAGACUCGUAAUAGAAGAUGAUGCUUUAGACUGAAAACGGCUUGGAGCUGGAUGAAAUAUCGAAUAACUAGUGUACCUUGAUUGUUACUUUCAAGGUAGUAAAUAAUGCCGUCUGAUGCUUUUACAUCACAUUAAUGCGCCUAAAGAAGAAUGUUUUUUUAAACUUAUGUAUACUAAAGUGUGCUUAGUUUAUUUUUUUUAGUUUAAGACUUCUACUGUGCUAGAUCUCUUUCUAACCCCUGGCUACACCUACGCCUUUUCUAAGAAAGUUCAAAUUCUAGCUCUUUACUUCCAUGCUUUUUCUUGGCAUCCUUCUAAUUCAGGCUGUUAGUUGACUUUAAGUUCAUGUUUCAUCUACAUAUCCUUCUACGGAUCAGAUGAGAUUGGCUCUCCUGAUCUUUAAACCUGAUUUGGAUAAAGCACUCGUGCCGUUGGCCCCCCCCCCCCCCCCAUCUAAACAUUAUCUGGUUGGUUCCUGAUGCAUAGUGUUCAACUAAUCUCUCAUUUUUGAACUUCUUCGCACUCUUGAUGGCUUUUGCCCAUCACAGCUUCGCUACCGUCUCAAGGAAGACCAUGGGUGAAAUCAUGACCUCCAUGAAUAUCAGAACGGAUCCUCUCCAAACAAUUUAGUGUUAGCAGUCUUAUCGUUGAAACAAGCCUUCUCAAGAUGACGUUUUUCACGAUUCUGGUAUUGAAUUUUAAGUGAUGAGGAGGUUUUAAGUGGUUUUACUUAUAUGGUAGCUGAAUUUGAGAGAGUUUUUUGGGGCUAAGUUUGUUUACCAUUGUAGGGACAGUUCUGUGCCAUUCAAUAUAAGAGGGUCAGGGUAAUAAUCUUGAGUCAUCGUAACAGUAGAGUCGCUGAGGUUAUAAUAGGGCUUCAAUCUAUGGAUAAUUUUUUUUUUUUUGUUUCCAUUUUCGUUUUCAUCCUAUAAUUCAUAUUAUCGAAUGCUAACCUUUUUCCUGGCUUUGCACAAAUAACUUGGCUUCCUUGCUCAUACUUUAUGGGUUUCAUGUUUACCAUCCAUAGCAUUUACAGACGGAUGAUCAUCGUUCUCUUAAAUGCCAUUCGUGAUAACAAAUUCCAUAGGACUAUGAACAUGAUACUUAUCAUUAUCAUCAUAUAUUCCGAAUAAAUAAGAUGUGCAUCUAUUUAUCUGUUGCUUCUGUACUCAACAUUUUCAUUUAUUUGUCUUCCUUGUAGGCCUGUGAAAAAAUAACCAAGCACUUGUCCAAGUUGCAGAAUCUACAGGAACAGGUACGGUAGAAACAUGAAUUCUGAUUUGCAUUAAACGUUGAACAUUGGUUAUAAUGCCUUUAGCCUACAUUUUUCCCGACCCUUCAUCAGAUUGCCCCUCGGAUCGGAUCUCCAUUGUUUCCAUCUUUUAGUGAGUCUUUUUCAAACUGGGAAAGUGUCUGAAUUUGUUAAGCACUAUCAACCAUCCUAGAGCUUGGAAAUUUUUUGCCUAAUCAGUACAAUGGUCUUCUUAUUGACUCUGUCAACAAGCUGGAAUCACCCACUUGGAGUUACUACAUGAAGUCAACGGUUCACAUUUGAACUGUACACUUGUUUUAGAGAGGCAAUAAAGCUUUUUUAAAUCAUGAGUCAAUGGGUAGAGAAAUCCAACUUAUUUCUCUGACUUGAUACAGUAUCACGAAAAUUUCUUACUAAAUUUGCACCAUUUCUCUUGACAUCUUGUACGAAAAUUGCAUUGCUGUUGUACCCGUUAAUGGCUCCAUCGUUCACAGGUGACUGCUGCAAAAACCGUCGAAAAAGAGGUGAAAGGUUUGAAAACUAAGCUGAGCGACGAGGAACUUUCCAUUGUAUCUCUUGAUGCUAAAAUCGACGAGCUCCAAGGCAAAGGUUAUUGCCCAUCUCAUUGUUGAAUACUCUCUAUUUGAUUGAUUUAUUUUUUUGCACUCUCAUCAACCGCCAUUCCUUUUCCAGCGAAACAAGCAGAGGAGUUGAUCAAGGCCAUGGAGAAGGAGAGAGACCUGAGAUUCACUGAGCAUAUCCAGAAGCUCAAUGCUGUGAAGUCUGAAAUAGAACAGAAGCUCCAUGAUCUCGAACAGAGAGAGGAGAAGACCAAGGCUGUGGUCCUACAGGUAGUAACUCAUGCCCAGUAUCAGUUCUAAGUUUGACCAGGGUUCAACCUACUUUUAGCAGUUGGGUUAUAUGAGAAGAAAUGACUUAUCUGAUGAAAUGGCCCACUUGAACUCAGGGUGAGAGCUUGACACUGAAGGCCACUUCUGUAAGAGAAGGUGGAAAGCUGAAGCAGCAGGAACUACUGGCCAAGUCCGAAGAGAUUGUCCACGCGGUAGGUCACAUUUGGCUGCAUAAUCUCCGUGAUCAGUCAGCCACACUUUCUAUAUAAUCUGUCGAGUGUCCCCAGCCAUUCUGGUUUCUCUCUCCCAUUUCCUGAAUGGGAUCUAAUAGAAAUGCCAGGACAGCUGAAGAUAAUUCUCCUGCUAAUCGGAUGGUCAUGAGAGAUGAUGUUCUUUUGUUGACUCUAGUUCCACAGCUAUUCGGCCCUCAUUGAUCCCUUCCUCGAGAGAGCCCGGGCUGAGGCGGAGAAGGCCGGGCCCGUGCCUGUGAUUCCAAAUAGGGUAACCGAGGAAACCACGAGUGCAUAG